CGCGUGCGUGAUCAGAUAUAUAUGUAUAUAUGUAUUUGUAACAAGUGCUUAUAGGAAAGCUUCAAAACAAUUCAAUUUUGUGCAAAAUUUUGACUGAAAUGAUAGAGGAACACGACGAACAAGACACAAUAUGCGAUUCUGUAAAUUCACUUAUAGAAGGAUGUAAAUUACCGGUUAAAAUGCCUGGUACUGAGGAUUGGCCACAAGCGGAAAUCAUCAGUAUCAAGGAUCUCAGAGGACUUAAAUGUUAUUAUGUACAUUAUGUAGACUUUAAUAAAAGAUUAGAUGAAUGGGUGACGGAAGACUGUUUAGACACACGGAAAGUUCAAUAUCCCAAUCGGGAUGUUACUGCUCCGGGGACGGGUGCUGCAACGCCAAAAAAACAAACUCAAAGCAGACCGCCAAGUCCAAUUAUUAUAAAUAGUGAACCAGUAAAUGGUUCGGCUGUUCUUCAAGCCGCUUUACAAAAGAAAAUAGCUAGUAGAAAAAGAAAAGCGAAUUUUUUGGAAAACGAAGACUCUCAAGAUGCUCCAUUACCUCCUCUUCUUCCAGGUGAAGCAAGACCGAGACCGACUGGAUCAUUAGUUGCACAUCAUCAUGACGAUGUUGUAACACGAAUGAAAAAUGUAGAAUUAAUAGAACUCGGACGUCACAGAAUAAGACCAUGGUACUUUAGUCCAUAUCCACAGGAAAUGGUCAAUCUUCCUUGUAUAUAUAUUUGUGAAUUUUGUUUGAAAUAUCGAAAAAGUAGAAAAUGUUUGGAGAGACAUUUAAUGAAGUGCAAUCUACGACAUCCGCCUGGCAACGAAAUUUACAGGAAGGGUUCGAUAUCAUUUUUUGAAAUUGAUGGCAGAAAAAAUAAAAGUUACGCUCAGAAUCUCUGCCUUCUAGCAAAAUUAUUCUUAGAUCACAAAACACUUUAUUAUGAUACGGAUCCAUUUUUAUUUUAUGUGAUGACUGAAUAUGAUUCGCGUGGAUUUCACAUAGUAGGUUAUUUUUCCAAAGAAAAAGAAUCAACUGAAGACUAUAAUGUUGCUUGUAUUUUAACACUGCCUCCGUAUCAAAGAAAAGGUUACGGAAAAUUGCUUAUUGAAUUUUCCUAUGAAUUAUCAAAAUUCGAGGGAAAAUCAGGUUCACCUGAGAAACCACUUUCUGAUUUGGGUUUAUUGUCAUAUCGAAGUUAUUGGGCGCAUACAAUAUUGGACAUUUUAUUAACUGUCAAGCCAUUAGUUGAAAAUGAAAAGCCACAAAUAACAAUUAAUGAAAUUAGUGAGCUCACGUCAAUAAAAAAGGAAGAUGUUAUUUCAACGUUGCAGAAUUUAAGUUUAAUUAAUUACUACAAAGGACAAUACAUCGUUACUUUAAAUAGAGAAACAAUCGAACAGCACACAAUAGCGAUGGACAAGAGGCAAAUUAAAAUAGACCCAAAAUGUUUGCACUGGACGCCCAAGGAUUGGAGCAUCAGAGCAAAAUGGAAUCCGGGAAGUGACCAUGUACGUUUAUCAAAUGUACAAAAUUGUACAUAAUAUAUCGACCUGAAGUCUUGUGUUUUAAUAAGGCUCUCUGGAUCAACGCGCGAAACUACAAAACGAUAUACGAAUCAUAAUAUUGAAUUUUUGGGACAAAAAAAUUUUGGAACCUCGAGACUUGUGGUUUUCUUUUUUUUUUUUUCUUUUUUUUUCCUUUUGCAAAUUUGUCCUUUUUGAAGCAAAAUGUUUUUAAUACCGUGACUUAGAUUUUCUUUAAGCAAAAUUAACUCAUUUACCUGUAAGAUGAUUAUGAUGAUGCUGAAUCGUCAAUUUGUACAGGAAAUCCAUGUAGAAUUGUAAAUAAAUGUGUUUUUAUAA